AUGAACAGUCUGGUGGCCACGCCUCCUGUCCCACCUCAUUUCUACGAAAGCCCCCGAUUCUCUCCCUCCCGUAUAAUGUCUACGCCUUCUUCCUCCUACACCAGCCGAAAGCGGAAAGCUGACGAUGAUGGCCACGACCAUGACGGUCGGAUGUCUGCCUCCCCAACGAACUCGCCGGCCUUCACUCCUCGCCAGCUACCGUCCUUCCGAAACAUCAAACGGUCUCGGCCAAACGUCUCUGGUCGGCCUCUUUCUCUCCCUCGCCUCCUCGAGACAUUAGACACGGAUGCCUUGCGGACUGUUGUCCGGACCAUGUGUGAACGCCACCCUCAGCUCGCCGACGAGGUUGCACAUACCUCGCCCCGACCGAGCGUUUCUUCUACCCUCCAAGUGCUUCGAAACUACCAAGCCGCUCUUCAGUCAUCUUUUCCUUUGGGUGGCAAUACCGAGUCUGACUACGCAUACAACCGAGUUCGCCAACCGCUCACGAACCUUCUCGAAGCACUGAGUGACUUCACCCCAAAUUUCCUCCCUCCUAACGAAUCCCAACCUUCCGUUUCUCUGAGCUACCUUGACGGUGCGACCGAUAUCAUCCACGCCUUACCUCGCUGGAGUACACCACAGAAUAAUCUCGAGCGGGACUCUGCUUAUGAUGAGAUGGGCAAGGCCUGGGUCCUGGUGAUCCGUGAGGCUGCUAAACGAGGUGGAGGUAUUCAGCUUCAGUACGGGGGCUGGGAUCAAAAGCUCGCCAAACACAACCAGACUUCAGGUGGCAAACUGCAAGGCGCAGUCAAUGAGUUGGGCUCCAGCCUUGGAUGGAUGAGUGACUCGCCCGCUCACAGCCCCGGGGGAAGCGAUAUGGGCUCUAUACGCGAGCAACUCUUCUCUGGGACCUACGGCCUAAACACGCCCGUCAAAGUUGGCCCCUGGUAA